AUGACAAAUACCUGCGACGUCAUCGGAGAUCUUGAUUCUCCAUGGCACGUCUUCACUCCGUCCCAUACCCUACCAGUCCGAACCCCAGGACAGUCCCCCAAGGACACGAAAAAGAAGAAAAGUCAAGGUGGAGGGACCCCUCCAAUCGGGAUCGGCGCUUCCAAGGAAGAUGACUUCUCAACCUGGUACCAGCAAGUUCUACUCAAAAGCAAGAUGAUCGACUACUACGACAUCUCGGGCUGCUAUAUCCUGCGCCCCGAGUCCUGGGAGAUCUGGGAGAUCCUGCAGGCAUGGUUCAACAAGCAACUUCGGAAGAUGAAGAUUCGCAACUGCAGUUUUCCGCUCUUCGUGAAUGAGAAGAUGCUAGUCAAGGAGGAGAAUCAUAUCGAGGGGUUUUCGGCUGAAGUGGCCUGGGUGACACAAUCGGGCAAAACCAAACUUGACAAUAAAAUUGCCAUUCGACCAACUUCUGAGACCAUCAUCUACCCCUACCUCGCCAACUGGAUCCGCAGCCACCGCGACCUGCCCGUGAAGCUGAACCAGUACAACUCGGUUGUACGCUGGGAAUUCCGCAACCCUCAGCCAUUCCUGCGCUCGCGAGAGUUUUACUGGCAGGAAGGCCACACGGCCCAUCUUACCAAGGCCGGCGCCGAUCAAGAGGUUCUCGAAAUCUUGGACCUCUACACAACCAUUUAUCAGGAUUUCCUUGCCGUCCCGGUAGUCCCGGGUAGCAAGUCGAAGAAUGAGGCUUUUGCAGGGGCCGACUAUACGACGAGCGUGGAAGCGUUUAUUCCCUCGACUGGACGUGCGAUCCAGGGUGCCACGUCUCACGCCCUAGGUCAGAAUUUCAGCAAGAUAUUUAACAUCUCGGUUGAGAAUCCGCAGAAAGACGAAUCGCCCGACUCGAGCCGCGUGUUUGUUUGGCAGAACUCAUGGGCGUAUUCGACUCGUGUCAUUGGGGUCAUGGUGAUGGUUCAUGGCGACGACAAAGGCUUGGUGCUUCCUCCUCGGGUUGCUCCCACACAAGUGGUCAUCAUUCCAGUGGGUAUCACAGCCACCACAAGCGACGAGGAGAAGCGGGACCUUUACGACAACAUUGCUCAGCUUGAGAAGGAAUUCUUAGAUGCAGAUAUCCGCAUCGAGACCGACCUUGCGACCGAAUACUCACCGGGCUGGAAAUUCAACCACUACGAACUGAAGGGCAUCCCUCUCCGUCUGGAGCUCGGGCCGAAGGAGCUGAAGAAUGGAUUCCUCUCUACAUCCCGUCGGGACACGUUGGAGAAAGGAUGGAUCUCGCUGACGGAUGCUGCAUCGGAAGUCCUUGCGUUGUUGGAGACUAUCCAGUCUGACAUGUAUGCCCGGGCUUUGGAAAAUUUCAGAAACAACGUCAAAGUAAUCACGGACUGGGAAAGAUUCACGCCUGCGAUCAACAAUAAGCACGUUUGUCUGAUUCCGUUCUGCCUGAGACCGGAGUGCGAAGAUCAGAUCAAGAAGAUGAGUGAGCGGUCGAGCACUUCGGAGGCCAAGCAGCAGGAUGCUAGAGCGCCGAGCAUGGGGGCUAAGAGCUUAUGUAUACCCUUCAAGCAGAUCACGGAGUUGAAGGGAACUAACACGCCCUGUCUGGCAAAGGGCUGUGAGCACCUGGCCGAGAAAUGGACUUUGUUUGGAAGGUCAUAUUGA